CAAUGUGAAUCGUAGAAACAUUUAAUUGUUUGUCUUAUUAUGUUGUUACAAAACUGCGAAAGUCUUGCGUAAUAUUAUACGUAAGAUCCUGCGUAAUGACAGUUUCAGCGUUAUUUUACAAGCAUGCGGCGCAUUCUCAGUUGCAGUGUGUUGAAGAAUAUAAUACGAAGUAAUCUUCACUGUCAUUCUUCUUUGACUGCUUGUCCUCGAAAGAGAUUUAAACAAACCUAUUGCACAAAAUCGACAAGCACUACAACAGCUAUGGAUCUCAGUGACAUGCGGAAAAAAUACAAAGGAGACGAUGAGUGCUUUGAGGAGGACCAGCUAGCAUCUCUGGACCCUAUCAAGCAGUUUGGGGAUUGGUUCAAUCAAGCCACAAAGUGUCCUGAAGUUCUAGAAGCCAACGCAAUGUGUAUUGCCACAGCUAAUGAAGAUGGACGCCCUUCAGCCCGCAUGGUCCUGCUAAAAGGAUACAGCCAUGAAGGCUUCCGGUUUUUUUCUAACUAUGAAAGCCGAAAAGGUGGAGAGCUGGAGAGCAACCCUUAUGCUUGUCUGGUCUUCUACUGGGAACCUCUAAACAGACAGAUCCGUAUUGAGGGCAAGGUGGAGCGAAUCCCCUACCAGAGUUCCUGUGACUACUUCCACUCCCGUCCCAAAAGCAGCCAGAUCGGGGCAGUCGUGAGCAGGCAGAGCACGGCAGUGCCUGAUAGAAAUUACCUGAGACAGAAAAAUGCUGAACUAGAGGAAAAGUACAAGGAUACAGAAGUCCCUAUGCCUGAUUAUUGGGGCGGAUACAUUGUCAAGCCUGACUUAAUGGAGUUCUGGCAGGGUCAGACCAACAGACUACACGAUCGCAUCGUCUUUACACAGCCCAAAAACGGAGAGGCUGACCUGAAGGAGUUCCAGCAUCCAGCAGAGGGAGGCUGGGUGUACCAGAGGCUGUCCCCCUGAAAGGAUCUUCUUUAUCGGGAGUUUGGAUGGAAGAGCAGGCUGGAGAUUGGGCCUGGCAUAGUUCCACUCGACUGAGAAUCAUCAAAUUAUCACUUUCAUUGUCAUCACUUUAACAGUAACAGUGUGUGUUGAUGAUUUACAAGAUGUUUAAGGAUGUCUACAAGCCAUGUGUAAAUGUUAAAAGGAUGCUUGCUCAAUCAAAAUAAUGGCAGAGCUUAUGUAUGGAAGCAAAUCAGUGACAUCGUAUUUUGAAUUGAUAAUAUUUGACCAGAAAUAUGAAUUUAUUU